CCUUUUUCUACUCAGACGCCUUACUCUCUCCCUCUCUUAUCUCCUUCCAUGGCUUCUGCAGCUGACUGCUUCACCCUCGAUUCCAUCAGCCAAUAUCUUCUCAGCGACGACGAUUCCUCCCAUAAGCUGCCGCCGCUCGAUCGUUGCCCUCGCCUCACCGUGUCCGUCCCUCCUCGUGCUGUUGCUGCCUUCCCGACCGCCUGCGGGAGCCACGAAGACGACGCGCGGCGGUACCGCGGGGUCCGCCAGAGGCCGUGGGGAAAGUUCGCGGCGGAAAUCCGCGACCCCGCCCGGCGGGGCGCACGGCUUUGGCUCGGCACCUUCGACAGCGCCGUCGAGGCUGCUAGGGCCUACGACCGCGCCGCCUUCCAGAUGCGCGGCCACAAGGCGAUCCUCAACUUCCCUCACGAGAUCGGCGGCGGCGGCGGCUGGGUCCCGCCGCCUCCGGCUGCCGAGACGAAGAGGAAGCGAGAGACGGAGGGGGAAGGAGUGGCGGCGGGGUGGAGGGCUGUCAAGAGGGAGCGGUCGCCGGAGACCGAGGGCAGCAGCGAUGGGCAAGUUCCGCUGGCGUGCCCCCUGACGCCGUCUAGUUGGAAGGGGGUGUGGGAUGGUGAGACGGCGGGCAUCUUCAACCUUCCGCCGUUAUCGCCGCCGCCUUCUCUGCGAUUUCCUCAACUCACCGUCAAUUGAAAUUGAUCUGAGCCGUCGCUCGACGUACGACCUAGUUUUGUUACACGGCGGUCACGGAUCAAAAUCGGCGGUCCGUGAAGACCGGAAAGUAUAGGAUUUAAGUUAUUAGUUUAGUUUUUAAUUAUUUCAUUGCGGAGGAGGAGUAGGUGGCCGUUGUGUAGAUAUGAGAGCGCAAUGACGGCUACCACUUAUUUAUUUAUUAUUUUAUUUAUUGACUGGCCAUUUGGUAUAAGUAUUUGUAUAAUAAAAUAGCAUAAGUUGAUGUUUA